AUGCCUAGAGGCGUUAACGUCCACGUGGGUUUCAUAUUUAGGCCCUACCCAUCGCCUGCCAGAUAUCUUCGACCGACGCUUAUCCCUGUGCGAUUGACGAUGAAGCUCUGGCUCCUGGCUCUCGCUUUUGGUGCUGUUGCGCCAAAUGCUCGAGCGCUCAUCCGAUUCCCGUGCGCUCAGCUCGUAACCGAGCGUCUCGAUCCUCUGGUCACCCCCGGUGAAGUAUCUCCCCACCUUCACCAAAUCGUUGGUGGCCUUCAAUUUGUCGAUGGACCCGUCGCUCGACCUCCCGAACGUUGCAACGUGCACAACAUGCAAGUUCAAGGAGAAUAA